GUGAAGCUGGCACAACCACUCAGUCCUGAGGAGCAACUAGAACAACUGUGACCAUGGGCAAAGUCAUCUUCUAUGAGGACAGGAACUUCCAGGGUCGCUCAUAUGAGUGCACGAGCGACUGUGCUGAUUUCUCCUCCUACAUGAGCCACUGUCACUCUUGCAGAGUGGAGAGCGGAUGCUGGAUGAUGUAUGACCGUCCCAACUACAUGGGAAAUCAGUAUUUCUUUAGGAGGGGAGACUAUGCUGAUUACAUGUCUAUGUUUGGAAUGAGUGAAUGCAUCAGGUCCUGCCGUAUGAUCCCUAUGUACAGGGGAUCCUACAGAAUGAGGAUCUACGAGAAGGAGAACUUCAUGGGUCAGAUGUAUGAGAUGAUGGAUGACUGUGACAGUAUCAUGGACCGUUACCGCAUGCCUCACUGCCAGUCCUGCCAUGUGAUGGACGGCCACUGGCUCAUGUAUGAGCAGCCCCACUACAGAGGCAGGAUGUGGUACUUCAGGCCUGGAGAGUACAGGAGCUUCAGCAAUAUGGGUGGCAUGAGAUUCAUGAGCAUGAGGCGUAUCAUGGAUUCCUGUUACUAAUGUUCCAAUGUUUUAAUAAAAUUUGUCUAAAUUAAUUCUGGACACUUUUUACUGUUUAUAUAUAUAUAUAUAUAUAUAUAUAUAUAUAUAUAUAUAUAUAUAUAUAUACAGUGCCCUCCACUAAUAUUGCCACCCUUUGAAAAUAUGGUCAAAGGGGGCUGUGAAAAUAAAUGAAUGAGUGAGCCAUUUUU